UUCGCUCGAAUCGCUUGUUCGCUGUUCACAUUGACGCAUAUCGAUUGACCGUUGCGAUGGCACGUACCAAGCAGACUGCUCGCAAAUCGACCGGAGGAAAGGCGCCCCGGAAACAAUUGGCCACUAAAGCUGCGAGGAAGAGUGCCCCGGCCACCGGCGGUGUGAAAAAACCUCACCGUUACAGGCCCGGCACCGUGGCCCUUCGUGAAAUCCGUCGUUACCAGAAAAGUACGGAAUUGUUGAUCCGUAAAUUGCCAUUCCAGCGACUCGUUCGUGAGAUCGCUCAGGAUUUCAAGACUGACCUCCGCUUCCAAAGUUCUGCUGUGAUGGCUCUCCAGGAAGCUAGCGAGGCGUACCUCGUGGGUCUUUUCGAAGACACGAACUUGUGCGCUAUUCACGCUAAGCGAGUCACCAUCAUGCCGAAAGACAUCCAACUGGCACGUCGUAUUCGUGGCGAGCGAGCUUAGGCGCAACAGUUUUAUAUAAAACAAUCGGCCCUUUUCA